AUGGACAUCACGCAGGAAGGAAAUAUAGAGGAUCUAGACGAGGCAGACCAGCUCCCCGUCAAGGACCCCAGAAACGACGCCAACCCGAUAUGUUAUAUCUGCAGCGCCGACAUGACCGAAUUCGACGGCAGAACGAAGCUCAUGACGGGAAUAUAUUACGCUGAGUCUGUACAUCCCCACAGUUGGAAUCCGGAGGGUGGUGGGUGGUGUCGCUUUUAUCGCAUGAUCCUCUUCCACCCACGGAAACGUAUAUGUCGCCUGUCUGGCGUAUCAUAUUUCAGCAAUAAGGACCUUGGCUUUCAUACGCGCCAGGCGCCGUGGGACGAGGAUGACCUGAUCAUAAGAUCCGAAAGCAAUCCAGACAUGCAUGAAGAGCUCCUAGUAACGGCACUGCAGCAUGAGGCGCAGGACCACUCUGCCCCGGAUAGGCUGACAUGUUUUAUGAUGCAUGCUCGAUGCUGGCAAGUACUUCGCAGGCACAAGGCUUGGACAUUAUCUGGGGGCGACAUCAAGAUCAUACUAAAGGCGCUACGUCGCCAGAGUGCCCGGGACUGGAACGAUUCACUAUACAGUGCUGACGAGUUUAUGGCCUUACUUCCGGAGAAAAGCCUCCAGAUUCUUUACAAGGACAUGGACCCUUUUUAUUGUCCUCGUGCACAGGAGAUUAUCCGACAAGCUCGGCGCAGGACAAAACGAAGGUUUCAAGUUAUACGAUACGACCAAAAGAAGACGUACUUGGAUCGUCUUCCACCAGAAAUCUUACGGCUGACCACAGAUCUGCUCCCUUCCGCGGACGUUGCAGCAGUCCAGAAGGCAAUAGGAUCUUACUUGGGCGAUGGGUAUUGGCGCUCGAGAAUCCCAGAUCUUUUCCACGAAGCUCAAGAUUUAUCUAGUGAGACCUUGGACUGGGAGUAUCUAUGCUUUGAGCUGGAGCGGCUCGAAUGUGAGCGGAACAUGCAAUUAGCUGGUCGGCGAUACGUUCGUCAACAUUUGGAUGUGAUUGCUCGCUUUGUCUCUGAUAUAAUACAUGCCUAA